CGGCCUGGGAGGCACACGCCGCCUCUUCUCUGGCCGACCACACAGAAGCUGGUGCCCACACAGGCAGUUGCCAGGCUGUGACUGCCGCUGGCCCCCAGCACCUCUGGCACCCAUGUACCUGAAGGAACACAUACAUCAGCCCCGAGGUCACACCUGCUGAGCUGAAGAUCACUGCCAGAGACUCCAAGGGGGAAAGGCGGGCAGCAGCCAGUCAUACCAUGUCUGUGACCAGCUGGAAGACAAGGUCAUCCCUGACCCAGGAGAUCCUCAGCCACCUGGGCCUUGCCAGCAAGACUGCAGCUUGGGGAACCCUGGGCACCCUCAGGACCUUCUUGAGCUUCAGCGUGGACAAGGAUGUGCAAAGGCUGCUGAGGGCCAUUGCAGGCCAAGGUGUGGACCGUGGCUCCAUCGUGGACGUACUGACCAACAGGAGCAGAGAGCAAAGGCAGCUCAUCUCUCGAGCCUUCCAGGAGCGCACCCAACAGGACCUGCUGAAGUCCCUGCAGGCAGCACUCUCUGGCAACCUCGAGAGGAUUGUGAUGGCUUUGCUGCAGCCUGCAGCCCAGUUCGAUGCCCAGGAAUUGAGGACAGCCUUGAAGAACUCAGGUUCUGCUGAGGAUGUGGCCAUGGAAAUUCUUGCCACCCGAAGCCCAGCCCAGCUGCAGGAGUGCCUGAUGGUCUACAAACAUAAUUUCCAGGUGGAGGCUGAGGAGGACAUCAAAUGUGAGACCAGCGGCAUCUUGCAGGAACUGCUCCUGGCCCUGGCCAUGGGGGCCCGUGAGAGCUACUCUGGAAUCAUUGACUAUAACCUGGUGGAACAGGAUGUCCAGGCAUUAAAACAAGCUGAAGGGCCCAGCACAGAGGGCACGUGGGUCCUAAUCUUCACCCAGCGAAAUCCUGAACACCUCGUCCGAGUGUUCGAUCUGUACCAGCGGUAUACUGGGCACGAGCUGGAGAAGACUGUCCACCACCUUUUCCACGGAGAUGCCCAGGCAGCUCUGCUCAGCCUAGCCUCGGUGAUCAGGAGCACACCGCUCUACUUUGCUGAUAAACUUCAUCAAGCCCUCCAGCAGGACAUCAAGCCCAAUUACCAAGUCCUGAUGCGCAUCCUUAUCUCUCGAAGUGAGACUGACCUUCUAAGCAUCCGAGCUGAGUUCAAAAAGAAAUUUGGCAAGUCCCUCUACUCUUCUCUCCAGGAGGCAGUGAAAGGGGACUGCCGGUCAGCUCUACUAGCCCUGUGCAGGGCCGAAGACAUUUGAGGCCUUCCUGCCCUCCUGCCCUCCCUACCACACCAUGAUAUCCAAGGAUCUAAGAUCCCCAUGUUUGGCUGAUCCUGCAGGAAAUCAGCUGGACCUCCAAAUAGGAUAACCCCUCACUGAGCACCCAUGCUCCAGCUUCUUGUUGAGGCUAGAAUUUGAAGUCUCUUUUGAAUCCCUUGAUUUCCUCACCUCAAAGUGAUGCCUCACCUGGGUCCCCCAUCUCUGUCUUGGGUAUAGACAGCUCUUUGAUGGUUUCUGCCCUACUCAUCCUUCCCAUACCCUGGCCAAAACAUCUCACUGAUUCUUGAAUUCUUUUGGCAAACUUCACUGUUGUUUGUGUUCCCUGAUUGAAGUUUGGGUGGAGCAGGACAUGGGCUGGAGGAGACCUUGAAGUUGGAGGUGCCUUUGAUAUGCACUUGGAUAUUCAACAGGGAUCCUGUUUGAGGCUCUAGGGCUGCAACAAACACCCCCCUCGAAGCUCCCCGCCCCCUCCCCUAAUUAUUCUCUCUUCCCCAGGAAAUUUCAGGCAAAGUAACUGAGGAACAGGAGCCGGAAUGAGGUCAGAAAUAGAGGCAGCAAAGGACCAUCUGAUCAAGCUGCCCUCCCCUGCCUGGGAAGUCUUAGGUUAGCAGGGAGCAAAACCCCCAAAUCACAUCUGUCCAAAGCAGGGACUUGAAAACCCACUUCCCAAACUGGAUUACCAUUCCCAUCC